UCUCUUUCCGGUCAACCGGUGCUGCACGUCUCGAAUCGACGCCUGUCAUUCCGAUGCACUCGCGCUGUAGCAGAUGGAACUACCGGAAGCGGAAAUAAUAGGAGAUCGAUUUUGCUGCUGCGCUCAACCAACCAAGCUCUAUCAUCACCAUCGCCACUCGGACCGAUGCCCACAAAACGGCGCAGUGAUCAAUUGAGGGAUUGUUCCAUUACAUUACCAUUGGAUAUUCUAUGGUUACCCAAAGCGGCUAUGAGGCCCCUCGGGCCAGAUCCUUCUCAUUCGGAUUGCGUCCUCGUCGUAGGCGUAUCGAGGCCUAAACUGGCGGCUCUGUUUCUGUCGGUAAUGCUUCUCUCGCUGUUCCUUACGUUUCACAUAUUGUACGACAGCGCGGUCUACAGUAUACAGGCAGCGACGGCGAUCUCGGAGAACAAAAUUGCCAUUCUGACAAAUCACAUACCCAAUCCACCGGUUAUCAACCAGCCGCUUAUAUUCCCGAACCGGAUACACUUCCCCAAGACUAGCCGUAGACUUCCGCAAUGUUUGAUAAUUGGAGUGCGAAAGUGCGGCACACGCGCCCUGCUGGAGAUGCUGUACUUGCAUCCAAGGAUACAGAAGGCCGCCGGCGAGGUGCAUUUUUUCGAUCGCGACGAAAACUACCUGAAGGGGCUCGAGUGGUACCGGAAGAAGAUGCCGCACUCCUUUCGUGGCCAGAUAACGAUCGAGAAGAGCCCCAGCUAUUUCGUCACACCAGAGGUUCCGGAACGAGUCCGAGCGAUGAAUGCAUCCAUCAAGCUGCUACUAAUUGUAAGGGAACCCGUAACGAGAGCAAUAUCCGAUUACACACAACUCCGAAGCCACGCGGCAACGGCAGCCCUCCCUCCACAGCAGAGCCUCUCGUCAACUUCUCCGCUGUCGAAGUCGUUUGAGGAGCUCGCUAUCCUGCCGAACGGAACGGUCAACGAGGCGUACCGACCGCUGGCCAUCUCUCAGUAUCACGUCCACGUGCACCGCUGGUUGGAGGUGUUUCCGCGCGAACAACUGCUGGUAGUCAACGGUGACCAGCUAAUCGACGACCCGGUUUCUCAACUACGACGGAUUGAGGAUUUUUUAGGCAUUGAGCCGCGUAUUGGCAGCAAUAAUUUUUAUUUCAACGAAACGAAAGGAUUCUACUGUCUGCGGAACGAGACGGGCGACAAGUGUUUGCGGGAGACGAAGGGCCGCAAGCAUCCGCGGGUCGAUCCGGUCGUCGUAUCGAAGUUGCGUAAGUUCUUCGUCGAACACAAUCAAAAAUUCUACGAACUCGUCGGUGAAGAUUUGGGUUGGCCGGAGGAGUAG